AUGAAUACAUCAGAAAUAAAUCAUACUUCAAAUAACUACUCAUCGAUCGAAAAUAUUUCCAACAAGCUCAAUCAAAUAAAAACAAAAGAUUUUUGCUUAGAAUUAAAACAAACUAUACAAUCAACGUAUAAACCAUUAAUUGCCAUAUCAGUUUUAUCGGUUUCAUUGUUUACAAUCUUUUUCUUCUAUUUCUUCGAUACUACUUCAAAACCACGAAUAUCAAUCGAAGUUCGACAAAGUAAUUCCAUAAAAUCUGAAUUUGUUCAAAAAAAUGAAGAACCAUUAAUAUUUUCCAAAUACCCAUAUUUAAAUCAAACUCGUAAUCAUUCGGAAAAUGUUAUCGCUUACUUAGUUGCAAGUUUUAGUGGUGAUGUUAAAACCGCAUAUAAUCCUUAUCCAAAACUUCGCCAAAGAAUUAUUCAACUUAAUGAACGUUUUAAUGAUAGUAAUAAAACAGAUUUAAUUAUCUUUCAUACUGGUUAUCCUUUCCGAGCAGACUUAAUACCAAUUAUCGAAGCAACUCCUCGUCAAAUUGAAUUUGUUAAUGUCGAUCAUUUAUUUCAUAAAUUUCCAACUGGUUUUGAUCCUCACAUCAGAGAUCCAACAUGGUCACAAAGGGGCAAAUGGAAUUAUCAUCAUAUGUGUAAUUUUUGGUUUCAACAAGUAUUUGAAUUAAAAAUCAUUCAACGAUAUCGAUACAUGAUGCGACUUGAUGAUGAUUCACAAAUUUUAGGUAAAUGGCCUAAUGUAUUCGAUAUAAUAUCAAAAGAAAAAGCUGUUUAUAUAGCUAAUUUUAGAACACGUGACUUUGACUAUGUUCUUCCGGGUAUUACACGCGUACGAAAUCUUACAAACGAUUAUAUAAAUAAAAAUAAAAUAAUUGUACAAAAUCCUGAGAUGUAUGCUGAUAUAUUUAGGCAUGCCGGUGAAGUACCAACUUAUUGGAAUAAUAUUGAAGUUGUUGAUAUAUCAUUUAUGCGACGAAAAGAUGUUAUUGAUUUUGCUCAAGCUGUUGAUGAAUCUCGAGGUGUAUUUCUGUAUCGAUGGGGUGAUGCUCCUCUUCGUUAUAUAACUUUGGCACUUUUUACUAACGCAAGUCAAGUAUUACAUCGAGAAAAACUAGGACUAGCUCUUUCAUACAAUCAACCGAAACUUUCUCCGACAUCCACCUGGAGUUCUGAUGGAAUCAUCUUUGCUAAUGAAAGUAUAGUUGGUAAAGAACCUUACGGUAUUUUUAUUAAUUCAGAGAAUAUUAUUUACAUUGUCAAUAAUGAAAAGAAUCGAAUUCAUAUUUGGAUGAAUAAUAGUAUUGAUCCAACAAGAACAAUUGACGGGAAGUUCUCAUAUUCAAUAUCUAUCUUCGUUACAAUCAAUCAUGAUAUCUAUAUUGAUAAUAGUCACGAAAAUGGUAGAGUUGAUAAAUGGAUAUCAGAUAGAGAGACUUGGGUUACUGCUAUGCAUGUUAAAUCACAAUGUUAUGGACUUUUUGUUGACAUCAAUAAUACUUUGUAUUGUUCUCUGUGGUAUGAACAUAAAGUUGUUAAAAGAUGGUUAGAUGAUGAUGAUAUCAAUACAUUAACAACUGUUGUUGGUGCAGGAAAGGAUGGACCGUGGUCAAAUAUGCUUAAUCAUCCUCAUGGAAUUUUUGUUGAUACUAAUUUUGAUUUAUAUGUGGCAGAUGCUGAUAAUGAUAGAAUUCAACUCUUUCCAUUAGGUGAAUUAAAUGGAAUAACAGUAGCAGGAGAUGGAUCAACAGAUAUUACAUUUACACUCAAAUAUCCAACUGGAAUUAUUUUAGAUGGUGAUAAAUAUCUAUUUAUUGUAGAUAGAGAUCAUCAUCGGAUCAUUGGAUCAGAUAUGAAUGGUUUUAGAUGUUUGGUUGGUUGUUCUCGUUCCCCUGGUUCAACAUCCGAUCACUUAAACCAUCCAUUUACUCUUAGUUUCGAUAUCAUUGGAAAUAUAUUUGUUACUGAUGCGUUUAAUAAUAGAAUUCAAAAAUUUAUUUUAUUAACAAAUUCAACAAAUUUUACAAACGUAACAAAUUCGAGCAAUAAUAAUAGUAGUGAAUGGGAAUUAGUACCUUACUGUAUUCGUCACAAUACAAAUAAACUGAAUGAUACAAAUGAUCAAUGUUAUGAUGAUCCUAUGUAUACAUUUGAGCAGUUAAAACUAAAGAAAAUUGACAAUUAUGAUUUAUACAGAUGGAAUGCACCUAUCGAUACGAUCAAUAAUUAUCAGAAAUAUCUUGUGAAAAACGAUUUAUCACUUGCUAAUCAUCAUUAUUGUAACUGUUCAGCAAAUUGGUUUGGUUCUCGAUGUCAAUAUUCAUUCGACUAUUCAUCUAAAAAUCCUGAAUUGAAUAAAAUAAUUGAUGAGCAGCUUCGCACAAAAUUUCCGUUAACUGAGGAAUAUACGAUUACUGAUGAUAUUUUAAUGUUAACAUGUUAUGAAGGUCUUCAAUGUCAUUCAGCUAUUUGUCUCGAUUGGCGAGAGAUCUGUAAUGGUAUUUUAAAUUGUGAGAAUGGUGAAGAUGAACCUGAUGAAUGUUUAUUACUUGAAACAAAUGAAUGUGAAGAUAAUGAAUAUCGAUGUCGAUAUGGUGUCUGUAUUCCAAGAACAUUUCUUCGUGAUUUUAGUUAUGAUUGUAUGGAUCUAAGUGAUGAGAUACCAAACCAUAUUUGGCUACAAGAUGGUUCUUCUUGUUACCGUUCAUCAAAAAUUGAAUGUGAUUUUCAUCUGUGUAAAAUAAAUGAAUAUUCAUGUGGUGAUGGACAGUGUUUAUUGUUUCGAAAUUUCACUCGUCUUUGCUCGAUGUAUGAAGAUUGUCAAACUCAAUGCAAUAAUGGUCGUGAUCUCUUUUUUCGUCGAAAUCUUUUCUAUUUUGGUUUUUCCAUUGGUAUUAAUAAUUCAAAUAAUAUUAGUUUUGAAUGUCAAUUUUUAAUGUUAUGUAUUUCUGGAGAACUAAAUAUAAAACUCCUUGGAUAUGACUAUACCAAAUGUUUAUGUACUCAUCGGAAUCAAAAUGAAAAACACUGUUUAAAAUACUUUCGAGAUUAUUGUCCGACAUUGUUUGUUGGUCAAACUUUUAUUAAUAUUCUCUAUCCAUUCGGUAAAUUGAUUUAUAACAAUACUCCGAAUUCUUCUAUCGCUUGGUACAAACCAACUUAUUUCUGUCAUAAGUCAAAUCGUUGUCCUGCUUUGUCAUCUAUAAGUUUUCCACUGUUCAAUAAUUUAUCGUGUUUAGAUUUACACAAAUUUCCAAGUUGGAUUGAAGAACCAUCGAAAGUCUUAAUGCGAUUUUCUGCCUGCGGUAUUACUUAUAAUCCAAUAUUAAUAACCGACAGACGAUUGUUCUAUUGUACAAAUUCGAUGAAAUUUAUCUCGAAACAUAAAUUUCUCGAUUUUUCGCCUGACUGUGUUGAUGGUGAAGAUGAAACAUUCAAAUUUAACACUACCAGAUUGGGUGUUGCCAAUGCCAAUAUAACAGAUCGUUUCAAAUGUUUGUACAGGAAUCGUUCGGUGCCACGCUGGUUACUGGAUCACGCCCAUUGUCCGUUUGAUGUUGACAUUUUAUUAUACAAUGAUAUGUGUAUAGCAGCGUCUGAUAUUGGUUGUCAGUAUCUUCGAGGUCUUAAUUCAUCACCUCUUCUGAUUCCAUAUAAGGACAACUGUGAGGGCGGUUAUAUAUUAUCUACUCCGGAUAAUAGAAUCGGUUGUGAAGAAUGGCCAAAAUAUCGACUAUGCGAUGGUUAUUGGGAUUUGAAAAAUGGAGAAGAUGAAUCGAAUUGUUUAAAUACAAUUACUUCCUACAUUACACGAACAGUUUUAAAUUGUCAUGAAAAUGAACAUUAUUGUAUACAUAGAAAUGGAACAAUGGGCUGUAUAUCAAAAGAAUAUGCAGGAGAUUAUAAAAGUGAUUGUUUGGGAGGAACAGAUGAAAGGCCAACAGAAUGUUUUUCUACCGAUGCUCAAAAACCGUUUGAAUGUUCAGUAAAUGGCGAAUGUAUAUCAUUAUCUUCUAUCUGCGAUGGAGAGUUUCAAUGUUCUAAUCACCACGAUGAAAUGAUUUGUCCAUGGUCACACAACAGGAUUGAAGAGCAAUUAUAUAUGUUUAUCUGCAAAAAUGGAACCGGUAUUUUACGUAAAAAGCAGUGUGAUGGAAUCAUUGACUGUCAACCAGACGCCGAAGAUGAGUGGCUUUGCGAUCUUGCAUACCAGAAAAUAAAAGAUUAUUUCCAUUUUAUUGAAGAAUAUCCUCGUCUUCUUCGCAUUGAUUCACCACAUCAAAUAAUUAAGAGUACUUUUCAUCAAUCCAUACAAUUAUCAGCAGAUGAUUUCUGGGAGUCAUCAGAUGAUACCCGUGCGGGGUGGUAUUGUAAUCGAGGUCUUAUCGUUACAACGAGGUCUUCUAAUAUCGAAUGUUUAUGUCCACCUAGCUACUAUGGUCACAGAUGUGAAUAUCAAUCAGAACGUAUAUUAAUCACUCUACGCAUUGAUACGCCAGCUAGUCUUAAUAGACAUCAGAAUCAACAAAAUGUCAUUCGAUUACUUGCUCGUCUGAUGAUUGAUAAUAGAGUUGUUCAUCAUGAAGAUAUUUUCCAUAUGCAGUCGAUGAAGCAACUAUUUUAUUUGAAUUAUCCUCGACCACCACCAAAGCAGAGAGGAAACUGGUCUGUUCGUUUUGAUGCAUUUACCGUGAACAAAUUCAGUGUUACUUUCAUCGCCUCCUGGUUAUUUGAUGUAUCCUUCUCUUUCCUUCCUUUUAAUCGCCUUGUCUUACAUUUAACUCUUGAAGAACACAAAGUCUGUACUACAUUCCCGUGUGUGCAUGGUAAUUGUAGAAAAUAUUUGAAUUUUCCACAUUACGAGUAUUGCCUGUGUGAUGAAAAUUGGUCUGGUCAAUACUGCAAUAUUUUUACGCCCUCCCCGUAUGCUGCAGGUGGAAAGUGCUUUGAUGGAUAUCGAACACCAAUUUGUAUUUGUCCUCUCGGUCGCAUGGGAUACGAUUGUCAUGCAUUGUUCGAUCCAUGUAAUAAUAAUCAGUGUCAAAAUGGUGGUACGUGUAUUUCAUUGGAUAGUCGACUAUUUAUCAAAUAUACUUGUGCAUGUCGUAAUCGUUACUAUGGAACUCAUUGCGAAUUCAUCAGUGCUCAAGUUGAUAUUUCCUUUUCCAAAGGUCUUUUGGAUUACAAUCACUUAUUAUCAACUACUGUAUUUGCUCAUUUUCUAAGUGCAAAUAAUCAUAUUCUUGGUAUAUUAUCUGUAGAAAAUCGUCUCCUUUACAAACAAGUAAAAUUGAAUGAACGACUUCAUAUUUUCAACGAGAAUCAUGAAUAUAUUUCUCAAUUUGUUCUCCUGCAAAUAUUCUUUGAAGGUAAUUAUUCCAGAUAUUAUAUUGCAACGAUUAUCAAAAGCCGUGUAAAAUAUAUCAUUACAACAAUCCAUAAGACAAAUCAAUGUCCUUAUGUGGAUGAAGUGCUUCAAAAUAGAACGAUCCGCCAAUUCUCUUUUAUGAAAAAGAUUAAAUAUUAUCACCAUGUCUGCAAAGAAAACAAUGUCCUUAAAUGUUUCUAUGAUGAAGCUUAUUUAUGUUUCUGUGAUAAAGAUCGUCAACCUCAAUGUUUCAUAUUUGAACAAAUAUCUAAGCAAUGUACAACAAAUUAUUGUCAUAAUAAUGGUCACUGUGUGAAGAAUACUUUUGAUGGAGUAUGGGAUUUUGAUUGUGUUUGUGGUGGAUGUGCGUAUGGUUCACUCUGUCAAUUGACAACAUCUCAGUAUGCACUUUCAUUAGAUCCCAUGCUUGGUCUGGAUAUUCUUGCAAAUAUAUCAUUGACAAAUCAACCUUUUCUAAUUAAAUUAACACUAAUAAUUAUUAUUCUGAUUCUUUUAGUGGGACUAUUAUCUAAUGGGCUAUCACUAAUUACUUUCAUGCAACCCAAAGUGCAAGAAAUUGGCUGUGGUUUAUAUCUUUUUUGUCUACCUAUUAUUAGCCAGUUGGGACUGUUUGUAUUAGCUGGUCGAUUUUUCUAUUUUUUGUGUACACAACUGUACAAUGUCGAUAAGAAUUCCCAUGUCCUCUGGAGCUGUAUUACUCUAGAAUAUUUCUUAAAUGUUUUCCCGAUGCUUUUCGAUUGGUUAACGGCAUGUGUAGCUGUCGAACGUAGCAUUAAUAUGAUCAAGGGUAUUGGCUUCAAGAAAUCUGAGAGCGUCUGGUGGGCUAAACGUAUUAUUCUUUGUCUCAUAAUUAUUGUUCUGAUUGGUUCAUGGCAUGAACCAUUCAUUCAUGAAUUGAUCGAUGAUCCACGAGCUGCAACUCGACAUACAUGAACUAUACAAUCAACAUAUAAACCAUUAUUUGUCAAAUUAAUUUUAUCGGUUUCAUUGUUUACAAUCCUUUUCUUCUGUUUCGUCGAUACUACAAAACCAUUAUUAUCAAUCGUAGUUCGACAAAGUAAUUCUAUAAAAUCUGAAUUUGUUCAAAAAAAUGAAGAACCAUUAAUAUUUUCCAAAUAUGCAUAUUUAAAUCAAACUCGUAAUCAUUCGGAAAAUGCUAUUGUUUUCUUAGUUGCAAGUUUUAGUGGUGAUGUUAAAACAGCUUAUAAUCCUUAUCCAAAACUUCGCGAAAGAAUUAUUCAACUUAAUGAACGUUUUAAUGAUAAUAAUAAAACAGAUUUAAUUAUCUUUCAUACUGGUUAUCCUUUCCGUGCAGAUUUAUUAUCAAUUAUGGAAGCUACUCCUCGUCAAAUUGAAUUUGUUAAUAUCGAUCAUUUAUUUUAUAAAUUUCCAUCUGAUUUUGAUCCUCAUAUAAGAGAUCCAACAUGGACAAAAAGAGGUAAAUGGAAUUAUCAUCAUAUGUGUAAUUUUUGGUUUCAACAAGUAUUUGAAUUAAAAAUCAUUCAACGAUAUCGAUACAUGAUGCGACUUGAUGAUGAUUCACAAAUUUUAGGUAAAUGGCCUAAUGUAUUUGAUAUAAUAUCAAAAGAAAAAGCUGUUUACAUAGCUAAUAGUAGAGAACUUGACGUUGACUAUGUUCUUCCGGGUAUGACACGUGUACGAAAUGUUACAAACGAUUACAUAAAUAAAAACAAAAUAAUUGUACAAAAUCCUGAGAUGUAUGCUGAUAUAUUUAGGCAUGUCGGUGAAAUACCAACUUAUUGGAAUAAUUUUGAAGUUGUUGAUACAUCAUUUAUGCGGCGAAAGGAUGUUAUUGAUUUUGCUCAAGCUGUUGAUGAAUCUCGAGGUGUAUUUCUGUAUCGAUGGGGUGAUGCUCCUCUUCGUUAUAUAACUUUGACACUUUUUGCUAAUGAAAAACAAAUAUUACAUCGAGAAAAACUAGGACUAGGUUAUUGUCAUCCAUGUUAA